AUGGUCCCGCCGGGAUCUUCCCGUUCGUUCCGCCUUUGUCUGUCGUCACAUGUCUCUCGACAGGCCCUGCUGUUUUUUACUCUGUCUGCCCUACCUUUCUUUCUGUGUCUUUCGUCCCUCACGCCUGGGUUGCCUUUGCCUGUCCAAGCGCUUCCACCGCGGUCGCGCCUCCGGCACUCCAGCGGACAUUUAGAAUCACCUUCAUUGAGUCCUUCCGCGCGGAUCUUCCUUGAGACGUCCGAACCUUACGAUUCCCCCGAAGACGAUCUCCUCGAAGACGGCGAUGAUCUAGAACUCUCCGGAUUGGCCGACGAUGCAUAUCGCACGGCUGGAGGCAUUCGCGGUACCGCCGGUUCGGGUGGAGAUCCGGCAGACGCGGAUGUGACAGCUUUGCCGGGUCCCGUGUUGCCCGCGUCAGACGCAGGCACAGAAACUACACCUCCCAAUGAUGUCUCUGCCUUUCCAUCGCGAAGCUUGCCAACGGAAGAUGGCAGCCAAGAUAUCAACAAUCUGGAUGCCAAAGCGGACGCGCUGUCGGGGAUUGGGUCUGAUGGCAAACUCAACGAUUAUGACAUUGACCUCGGCCCGACGGCGUAUGAGAAAAUCAAAAUGAGUCAAGAAAUUGCGCGCGGAGCAGCAGAAGAGGCCAUCCCGAGCGGUCCAGAAAACACGCCCUCCGUUGAAUCUGACGGUGAUGUGUCUGAAGGCGUCGGCGGCCAGGCGAAAGAGAAAGCGAAGUCAAGUAACAGCCUGGAAAAAGAAGUUGCGCUCCCUGAAGCAGCCGAAGGCUCACCGUGCACAAAAGCCUCUGUAGAGACUCGCCUUAAGGAAAUCGGGUGUCCUUUACAACUCACGAACAAACACUUCGCACUCGACUACAAACAAGGAGUCCGCAUCAAGGGUCGCGAGUUUAGAGAGGAGAGAGCGUCGAAAGUUGCCUACGUGCCUCAAGCUGUCUCUGAAGCCCCCUCGUACGAACCUCUCGCGGGCAUCGUCCUCGUUGCUGAUAUCGAUGAGCCGGGGAUCGGAUCUGACGUACGCCUGUUGCAUCUGGUCGUCCGUCCAAGCGUGUGCGAAGAAAAGGGAGCAGAGCGCUGUACAAUCCCGUAUCUGCUUCCUCCCGUCCCAGUUGCGGAACCGGCGCACCGAAUCGUAGCUCUGGGUUUCGAUUCACCAACGGGAAAGCGUUUUAAAAUCACGGAGGUCUUGAAGCUUAUUCAGCAGAAACCUCAAGAUGUCGACCUUCGACGUGUCUCUCUUUCAAGACUCAUCGAAGAAAACGCCGAAUUCUUUCGCGUCAACACUGGGACCACCGCCUCCCCUUCUUGGAACGUUUUCAAGGUUUAUAACGCGGGGCAGGCCGUGUCUUCUGGGGAAGGAUCGAAAGCUCUUUCCGCCGUAGAUGUGCCCAGUAACGAAGUGUCGAAGGACGCCGGCUCGGAGAAGCAAGCAACUGAAACUGCCGAGGCCCACGAAACCGAAGGUGAUGGCGCAACGAAACCGGAGUUCGGCGGGUAUUCUCCAGGUUCUGGGGGCCAACUUAAGCCUUCGACUAUUUUUGGCUACGUGCUCGGGAGUUUGCUUGUCAUUGCCGUGUUCGUCGGCAUUGUCGUUGUCACAUCGGACUGUGUCUCCGGAGCUACAAAGAGCUGA